AAGAUAUGCCAACUGAUUACCAACUAUGAACCUUUGGCCACAAAAAGACAAUCAACUAUUUUUCUUUGUUUUCUUAAACUGAUAGGCAGGCAGCUUGUCUAAUAAAUAAGAAGCUCUGUCAACCUCCAACUCAACUCCAACCAUCCAACAUUUCUAAUUAAGCUGCUUCUUAGAAAUAUGGGCAAUGUUGCUUCUUGUACUCCAACCAAAGGGGUGUUUAAGGUGUUACUCUUAGAUGGGAGAAUAGAGACACACUCAAAAGCAUUAAGAGCUGCAGAGCUGAUGGUAGAAUACCCUGGACAGUUUGUUUGUGACUCAAGCUACCUCAAAGUAGGCCAUCGAAUUCAAGGACUAUUAGCCGAUGAAGAACUUGAAACACGCAAGUUUUACUUUCUUCUACCAAUGGACCUGCUAUACUCUGUGUUAACCCAUGAAGAAAUGAGUGCUCUUAACUACAAAGCGUCAAGGGCCACCAAGCAUGCCAGUUUCAACAAUUUGGGAAAGAUAUUUCCUGUUUUCAGUGAGUUCUGCAUGUUCCCUUCGGAGGCAAAGAAAAUAGUAUUAGAAUCUGAUAAUUAUGAGAUGCUAAGGGAGGCUGAACCUGUUAAAAGGUACUCCAAGCAGAGAUCUUGGAGACCAGCAUUGGAGACCAUUGAUGAAACUCCAUCAAGGCAAUAAAUGAAACUCCCUUUCCUUUUCUUUUUCCCUCAAUUUGCUUCAUCUGUAUUUGGUAGAAAUUCUUGUAUUUUUUGUAAGAUUAAGUUAGAGUUAGUCCAUAUGAUUUUUUACGCCACUCGCGUUCGCGUAACCAAAAUAUCUGAGCCGUACUUGAGAUGUAAAUCCUCCUUGUAGUCUCUCCAUAGUUUGUUUAGUUAUGGAACAAUUAUUGGAAUUUUCACUCAAGAAAUGUGUGAUACUAAUGUACGAGACGGUCACGGGUCUUAAGCCAAUUGUCGAGUCAACACUAAACUAACUAAAGGCCCAUCCUACAGUAUGGGAAUGUGCACUUGAUCAGGAGGCCUGAGGUCGGUCAGGGGAGCCAAAGCAAGACUGCUCCAGCUCAGAGCUCAAAUUAGAGCAAUGCUGGGGCCGGGGUGGCCGAUCCUAAGCUUGUCAAAAUCGGGACUUUAUUUCACGUCGAAAGGGAAUAGCAAAAUCGAGACUCGUAAAAUCGCAAUCAAAAUCGAAGGAUUUUACUUAAAGACUUUUGUAGAAUCGAUAUAGGAAAUUGUA